AUGAGGCUGUUUUAUCUGCUGUGGACAAAAGUGCCGGGCAAGCUGGUGAGGACGCUCGUCAGCCAGAGGAAAAGUGUUCCUCCGGCGACGUACAGAAGAAUCUGGGGCUCGUUGUUCGGCAAAUACCUGCUCCUGACCAACACCGUCAGCUCGGGGAUCCUCAUGGGGCUGGGAGAUGUGAUGUCACAGGAGAUCGAGUACCGGACGCAGCUGAUAGACAAGCGAUACGACUGGAAGAGGAUCGGACAAAUGUUCCUCGUGGGCUGCCUGGGAGGCCCAUUCCACCAUGUAUUCUACAAGUGGAUGGACAACAUGCUCCCAAAGGCCGACGUGCUGACCUCAGUGAAGAAGAUCCUCCUCGAUCAGGCCAUCUUCUCGCCCUUCUGCAUCGUCACGUUCUUCUACUCCGCCGGGCUGCUGGAGACCAAGACUUUGCGCGAGUGUAACCAGGAAUUGCGAGAGAAGUUCCUCACAGUUUAUUUGGCUGACUGGACGAUUUGGCCCGUGGCGCAGUUUCUCAAUUUCUACUUCCUCCCGCCGCAGUAUCGCGUCUUGUACAUAAACGUCGUGACAAUGUUCUACAACGUGUUCUUAUGCUAUGUGAAGCACACAGAGACGUCGUUCUUCAAGUUUAUGGAGAAAUCGCCACAAUAG